AUGGAUGAAUACAACAUGUUCAGGCACAGUGAUUUUUCUCUGAGUGCAGGUGGGUCAGGUGGAAGAGCUGUAUCAGGAGGCUCUGGCACAAGCAGCUCAGUUCUGAUCACAUCGAGCAGCUCUCAUGCCACCAGCUCCGGUGGAGGUAUCAGCGUCUCUACUCUAGGAGCUUCCUCGGCUGUAUCCUCAGGUGGAAGGAGUUUAGCAGCUUCAGGGGGCUCUGGGGCAGGGGAAGACUUUAGGGCUGGAGGGGGGUCUUCUAGCAUGUCCUCUGGGUUUGUCAGCGCUGGUGGAGAAGGAAGAAGAGAAGGCGGUCUGGGUGCUGUGACAGUUUCCACAGUGACCAAGACCAGCUACACUUCUGGGGAAGCAAAAAGGGGAUCGUCCUCUGUGGCCACUCAUUCACCUAGUCUAAAGGAGAGAAAGGCCAUGUCCACCAUGGCUUCAGCUUUCUCAGAAGUCUUUGAUGAAAGUUCGAGCACAAACUCUUCUCCAGAAUACAACAGGAAGGAGUACAGCAUUUCAAAUGCAAUUUCAAGUUCUGCCACCAGAGGGAGAAGUCAGAGCAGAGAGAGUGAGAUCAGAGCCAGGCUUCAGAGUGCUUCUCCUUCAGCAAGCUGGACGGAGCUGGAUGACGUGAAGCGUCUGCUGAGAGGAAACCACUCAAACAGCAGCAGCCCUGUUCAGUCCCCUAACAAUACACUACCCAUCCCCAAGAAGGCCAGCGUGGAAACUAGGACCAUGUCUGAGAGCUCCAGCACAGACCACUAUGGCAGCAUUUGGUCUGGAGGUGUGAGCAGUAGCUAUGGUUACAAUACAAACCCCAACAACUUGUCCACUAUCUCCACUCUGUACCAGUCAGGAGUUCAGAACAACCUGACACUCGGCUCUCCCUCUGUGACCAGUGGACUAUCUGCCAGCAGCACCGUGCCAGUGUACGGUGUCCAGAAUAACCUGGCCAGUACCAGUCCCGCUAUCCUCUCUCCCACUGGACCCAGCACACAAAUAGUUUAUGGUGUGCAGAAAAAUGUCUCUAGCACUGGAAUCGGCACCACCACAGUGGGACCCAGCAGUCCCAUCAAUGAUGAGGCCUCAAGCAAAGACUUUAAGUUCAUCCUGAUCGAGAAGGAGAAUGCUCCUGUCAAGAAGGAGACAGAACGGCUGGUCAUGACCAAAGACACAGGGAAGCAGUUCAUGUCUGCUGCACCUUCUACUUCUGCUGCUUCCUACUCUGAGGACUCACUGAAGAGAGAGAAACAGAAGCUAUCAGCCAGCACGGUGGACGAAGGAACAGAUGCUAAUUUUGCAACCCUGAGAGUUGCCACAAAAGACAAAGCCACCUAUGCAGAGAUCCGUAAAGAUGAAUCAGGCUUUGGCUUCUGCUCCUGCUGCAGCUGGUGGAAGUGGCUGCUGGGCCUCCUGCUCAGCCUGCUCCUCCUCCUUGGUCUCCUCUUUGGACUCAUAGCAUUGGGUGAAGAAGUGAAACGUCUCAAGAACCGUGUUGAUGCUUUGGAAGCCAUCACCGGCACUGCAUCAGCUAGGUCCAGCCGCCUCGCCACCUCCUCUGGCAUCAAUGUCAUCAACCCGCUGGACUCGACAUAUAUUGACAGGAGUUCUUCUGGUUCCACCCUAACCCAUUCUGAUAAUGGCAUCAGCCUUGGGGCUGCCGGGGCAGGAGGGGGUGUCGGGGGCAGAUCAGGACAGGACAGCGCUGCCCUGCAGAGAGCCGUUCAGCAGCUGGUCAGGGCUGAACUCCACUCGGACGCUGUAAGAGAAACACUUGCAUACUCGCUGAAAGGGGCAAAGGGAGAGCCAGGAAUUAAAGGUGAUCCAGGGCAACUAGGAUCAAAAGGUGAUAGUGGUUUCCCUGGUCUGCCAGGUCCUCCUGGGCAGACUGGUCACCCAGGAGUAGAUGGUCCAAGGGGUCCAAAGGGAAGUGCAGGUGAAUCAGGUGCUGAGGGACCACCAGGCCAGAGGGGCCGGGAGGGACCGAUGGGCCCUCGCGGAGAGGCUGGACCACCUGGUUUUGGAGAGAAAGGAGACAAAGGAUCUCAAGGUGAGCCAGGACAUUCUGGUCCUGCUGGUGCUACUGGACCUAUGGGGCCAAAAGGUGCAAUGGGAGAGCAGGGUGCCUCAGGAAACCCUGGUGCUCCUGGUUCAAAGGGUUUCCAGGGUGAAGCAGGAACUCCAGGAGCAAAAGGUGACCGAGGAACACCAGGCCUGCCAGGAAUCAAAGGAGACCAGGGAGAGCGGGGACCACGUGGACCGACAGGUGAACCAGGACAAUCUGGACCACAAGGACCUGCUGGACCAAAGGGAUCUAAAGGAAUUGGAGGUGAAACUGGUUCAAUGGGACUUCCUGGUGUUAGAGGACCACCUGGGCUUCCUGGAGAUGUUGGCCCCCCAGGUACUUCUGGAAUUCAAGGACCCCAAGGUAUUGCUGGAAAUCCAGGACAGCCUGGUGCUAAAGGUGAACCAGGAUCACCUGGCAAAGUCACCGCUCCAAUUGGCUCCAAUACUGUGACCAUCCCUGGACCACCUGGGCCAGCUGGGCCUCCAGGUUCUGCUGGAUCCCCUGGUUUGUCUGGUCCCAUUGGCCCUGCUGGUGUCCCAGGACAACCUGGUCCUAAGGGAGAACGAGGAGAAAAAGGAGAACAAGGAGAAAAGGGGGAGAAGGGAGAGCAAGGAAAACCUGGAGAGCCUGGUAUCAGUGUCACAAGUUCAGAAACUGUCAGUGCAACUCGAACUGGUAGACUUUCUUCAGUGGCUGGACUUCCUGGCCCCCCGGGACCUCCAGGGCCUCCUGGAGCACCUGGUCGUCAAGGUCCUCCUGGUGAGGGUAAAUACGGUCCCCCAGGACGCAGAGGUCCUCCUGGAGAGCCAGGUGUUGGGGUACCCGGAAUCCCAGGAGAAAAAGGAGAACCUGGCAGCUUUGUGCCUACCUCAGAAACCUUCUUUGCUGGACCACCAGGACCUCCUGGACCUCCUGGCCGGCAGGGUCCAGUUGGUGAGCGAGGAUCACAAGGUUACCAAGGCGAACCAGGUCAACCAGGUCUUCCGGGAAGUCCAGGGGAACCAGGUGUUGGUUUCCCAGGUCAGCCUGGUUCUAGGGGGGCCCCUGGACCUCAGGGCCCAGAAGGCCCGAGUGGCCCUCAGGGUCCACCAGGCCAAGAAGGCCCAGGAGGGCCACAAGGACCUAAGGGUGAUGCAGGAGUCCCUGGUGCCCCAGGAAUCCCUGGAGUCUCUAUUGGUGGCUCAUCCAGACCUGGACCCUCAGGCCCCCCGGGCCCUCCUGGACCACCUGGUGCACCUGGAAGAGAUGGGAGUGGGUCUGAAUCAACUGAUGUGGGCCAGUACAUUGCAGAGUACCUUCAAAGUGGCAGCAUCAGGGAAUACCUGGCUGGGUCACCAGGGCCUCCAGGUCCUCCAGGGGCUCCUGGGGCUCCUGGGGCUCCAGGGCCUUCAGAGGGCAGGCAGGUGGGCAGGCAGGUGGACAGGCAGGUGGACAGGCAGAUGGAUGGGCUGGUGGAUGAUGUGGCCAACAGAGUCAUCGCCUACAUCCAGAGUUCAGGUCCAGGUAGAGGAUAUGGCAGGACUCCUGGCCUUCCUGGUCCUCCUGGUCCUCCAGGUCCACCUGGCUCCAUCUCUGUCAGUGACAUCAUCAGCCUAUUACAACGAGAGGACGUGAGGAGACACGUUGCUGGUCCUCCGGGUCCACCAGGACCUCCUGCAGCUCCAGGCCAGGGCAGCUACAGAUUUAACACCCAGGAGGUGGCUGAACGUGUCCUCAGUCUGAUGAAUGAGAGGGGGAUGGUAGGUGUUCCUGGACCUCCUGGGCCUCCUGGGCCUCCUGGAAACUCAUUAUCAACUGGAUACCAAGCACGUGUUGGCCCUCAGGGGCCUCCUGGUCUCCCAGGUGUCCCUGGUCCACAAGGUGCACCUGGACCAGCAGGUCCACCUGGACCAGCAGGCCCACCUGGCACAGCAGGUCCACUUGGCACAGCAGGACUUGGGAACUACAUUAACUCAGACAUCCGAGACUACCUGCAAAGUGUUGCCUUUAGAGGUCCUCCAGGCCCUCCUGGUCCCCCUGGACCUGAGGGCCCCCCUGGUCCAAUCCGUGGAGUGGUGUCCUAUACUGAGCGUGCCAACAGAGAGAUACUCAAAGCUGAACUACAGGAUUACGUCAAGAGUGAUGGUAUAAGAGGAGCUAUGUUUGGACUUCCUGGUCCACCAGGCCCUCCUGGACCCCCAGGACACAAGGGAGAACCAGGUGCCAGAGACUGGAACCUGGAUACUGGAGACUACUCUAGUAUGGCUGUCAGAGUAACUGAUUACAUCAAAUCCCACGGUCUGCUCCGUGAUGUUGUGAGGGACUCUGAGCGAGUUGCCCAAGGACCUCCAGGACCUCCUGGUCCUCCAGGGACGCCUGGACACACCCGAUGGGUUGGUUCCCGUGAAAAUGUUGCGGAUGUGAUGGAAUACAUCAAAUCCCAGGGUCUGCUACGUGACUCUGUGAGGGGCCACUACGAGCAGGCCGUCCAAGGACCCCAAGGACCACCUGGACCUCCAGGACCCCCAGGGUACACCCGAUGGUUUGGUUCUCAAGGAAACGCAACGGACCUGGUGGAAUACAUCAGAUCCCAUGGUGUGCUGCAAGACAUUUUGAGGGAGUACAACAGUCACGUCUUCCAAGGACCCCCGGGACCACCAGGCCCUCCAGGGCCCCCUGGAUACAGCCGACUGUUCGGCUCCCAGGCAAACGUCACAGAUUUAGUGGAAUACAUAAAAACACAUGGAGCCAUUGUAGGACCACCUGGGAGGCAAGGACAGAAAGGGGACAUGGGUUUCCAAGGACCAAAAGGAGAGAGAGGUGAACGAGGCCUUCCUGGACUAGAAGGACGUAUGGGACACAAAGUUGACAGAGGAGAAUUCACACUGAUGACUAAAAGGAGGAGGAGGAAUGUUGGUGUGUGAGAGCCACAUCACUGAAUAUACAGACCUUUUAAGUGAAAUCUGCUUCAUGAGGAGUUGUGUCUAAUAUGUAUAAGGAUGGUACAUGUACUCAAACACACAAUGGAUGUUUUUCACCAGUUUAUGUUUUUGUAAGUGACAUAUUGUCACUUUUAUAUUAAUGAACAUUAUCUACUAUGCUGAGUUGUAUUUGUGAAAUCAGAGAUCAUGUAUAGCACUGAAUUAUAUAUAGUUUUAUACACUUUA